AUGUAUUUACCACGAGCCCGAAGGGCCGCCCGCGCCUGUGUCUGGUGUCAGCAACGGAAGGUCCGCUGCGAUGCAUCGUUUGGUGGAUGUCCUUGCUCCAGGUGCCUCCAGGAUGGUCAGGCUUGCACUUUCCGCGAGCGUGCUCCGAGGCUUUCAGCAACAAUUAGUCCGACAGCUGUGCCCAUCUCGGCCUCUGAUGUGGAAUCUUCUGCCUAUCCAUUCCUUGACCUUCGCUCGCUGGCGUGUUUGGACGAAUGGGAUAUCUCAUACUUAGCCUCAAAAGGAUGUUUUUCGUUACCCAGACGACCGAUUCUCGACGAGUUUGUGAAAAGGUACUUCUUACAUAUCCAUCCAGGUACCCCGGUACUAGAUGAGGCAGAGUUCUGGGGUUUGUACUCGCAGCAUGGGGAUAGCGCAGCAACGCACGGUCAGGGGAUCUCUAUCCUGGUGUUACAGGCAAUGCUAUUCCGAAGUUGUCCGGUACGCCUCUUUCGUAUGAUUUUAGGGAUAGAUGAACUAAAUCUUCUACUCCUACUAGACCUGAAGGCCGAGGACCAACUUUUGGAGAGAGCACAGGGGGCAUUGUUGCUUUCUUACCAAGCCUCCCCAGAUGAUCCUCAAAUUGGUAGUUUACUUCUUGCCAAUGCGAUACAGAAUGCGACCAUCCUGGGAAAACCGCCGAAGCCACCCGCCAAUGUGAAGAGAUCGACUAUCAAACGGUUAUGGUGGUCAAUCCUGCUGCGUGACCGAUGGAUUUCCUUAGCCCUUCGCCGACGUAGCCAGCUCACACAAAAGGAUUUCGAUGCAGAGAACAGUCCAUUAGAGGAGGCAUACUUUGCCGCGGAGAUCCAGGAAUCUCGAGUAUAUGAUGCGCACACCAAGCACAUUCUCUUCUCAGCUCUACAACAGCAAUGCCGUCUAGCGAUCGUGAUUACAGACAUGGUUUCCCUGGUAUUCUCAUCGUAUGAAGGUUCUUCGAUGGGCCUGCCCUCAAAAGAGUUCCCGGCAUGCAUCAGCAAAGUCCUGAAAACAAGAAAUAAAUUGCGUCAAUGGGAGACAGAGUCACGGUACGCUCUGUCGAUCACGCCUUCCACUAUGCCUCAUUCCGUGACAUCUUUCCUUAAAAUGACAUAUGUGUAUUAUUACACUGCUCAUAUUCAUCUAGCUCACUACGAAGCCCUUCUUCUUGAAGCCAAUCUAAUGUUUGUCGGACAUUCGUACACCAUGCAGCUCCGGGAGACUGGGGGCCACCUCCGAGAGGCCAUUAAUGAGUUGCACAAUGUAUUGAAGUACUUCAGCAAUACGAAGGACAUUGAAGCUAUUCCGCUUUGCAUACUGGCAUUCGUUGGAUGGCCGAUAGUCGUGGCAGCAAUUGAUGCAGGCCUUGCACGCAAUGACGCCGAAGCCCUGCAACGGCAGCGAGAGCUAACCACUCUCGGAACCAUUUACAAUGCCCUCAUAGAACUCUAUGAUGUAACGAAGUUUGUUGCGGUGGGCACGAAGGAGAUCCUCCACCUGGUUACAAAGAUGUCGGAAGGGCUCGGUACCCGAGGACGCCAAUCUGAGCAGACAUCUGGGUUUCAGGAUCCGUACCAACGAGACAGAGCAUAUUCAAAUGCAACAUUGAAGGUCUUUGAGGAUAAGUACGCCUCUGGGUGGUUUGAUCUGUUUGUACACUAUCCCCGUAUAUACCUCCUUAUCUCGACCUCUACCGACUACUCCCUUUCAUCCGGCCGACUACCGCAUGAAAACGCUCUACCAGAGGUCCUGCGAUCAGUGGCCUCUGGAUUCUUAGGCUUCCAGCUCCCAUGGGUGACUAAGGUGUCCUUGGAGGAGACUGAACGGAAGGCGCAAGAGCCGAGGGUGAGGCAUCUAGAAAAUAACGCAGUAGACAGCAUAGCUCCUAGAGCACAGCCAAGCCCGAGGAAUAUUAUCGAGUCUGGGCGACAAAUGCACGCCAGACAGAAUGUGCCUGAGCCCUUGUCUCCACCAUAUAAAGGGGCUGAAAAUGCCCCAGGGGUCACUGAUAAUAGAGAGAUAUCUGCAUUCAGAUUCGAAUUUCUCCAGUCAAUGCCAUCUAUUGACCCAGCGUUUUGCUUGCCCGUAAUGGAGGAUGUGGUGUAUCCUGUACCCUGGCAAGGCCCUUUAAAUGGGUCGGGGAUGGCCUUUCCGGUAGGGACGGAGAGCAUGGGCUUUCAGGAACAGACUGGCUUUAGAGAUAGCCACGGUGUCCCAAGCGGGUGGAAAAUCUGAUUACCUCAUUAUAAAGACAUGAGAAGCGCUCCUGUUGUGUC